GUUGCAUAAAUCGGGUGUUUGUGCACGGCGCGGAACAACGUUUAAGCGACGUCGGAUCAACAGCUUCGUGAAUCGGAAUUGGAGGUAACAAGACCGCCAGCUCGAAUCUUCAAGCAUACAACUGAUCACCAUGUCGGGCAAAUACGCAUUCACCAAGGGCCUCAAGGAGGUGCGAUUCCUGCUGUGCCAGACUGGCGAGACGAGCAAUGCUACGAGAUCUUUUCUCGCACGCGCGUACCCCACGAUGAAGAAGAACAACCCGACCACGCCUAUCAUGAUCCGCGAGGCCGCAGGGACACAACCACAGGUUUUCGCCCGCUACGACUUCGGCAAGGAGAAGAGCGAGCUAUUGGCUGGGCUGACGGAUAAGGAAAUCGAGGAAAAGGUUACUGGGCUUGUGAAGUCCGAGGCGUAACUUGUUGGCGGAGGAUGAGACGGAUGGCAACGGGGCAACUGUAUAUAUGGGAUAGAAGAGGGCCAUGAAUGAAGAUUUGUACGAGCUGGAUCCCCGAGAGCCGAUGCGUGUGCCUACGAACGAGACUAUGUGCCGGUGGUGUGCCAGUUUGAGAAGUACUCGGAGAUUCAGAAGAUGUGAUUCAUUUGUGCAACUGCAUUGGUGGCAAUUUUAAAAAGAACGAUGGCACUAUUUCACGUGGAAAGAAUUACUAGCCGGUAGGAAUAUGGGAAGGGGCCACUCGCCUCUAAUCUGAAGAAGGGACGACCUGACAUGGCAAAGGAAGGAGCAACCGGUUUGCUAAAGGAAGCAACGACUGACUUACCAAAGUAAGGAAAGAACGACUCACAUUCCAAACGGAAUGAACGGCCGUUUUGCCUUCCUGAGGAAGGAACGACCUACUACAGUUACUAAGGGGAGGAGCGACUGACUUUCACAAAGGAAGGAAGGAACGACUAACUUCCUAAAGGAAGGAACGACUGGCUUGCUUUCCUAAGGAAAGAGCGGCUGACUAUGUAGUUGCCAAGGGAAGGGGCAUCUAACUUGUGUUCUAGGGAAGGGAAGGAACGAUCGAGUUGCUGUCUAGAGGAGGCAUCGAUCGACUAUGGUCAUUUCUAGA